CGAUGGUUUCGUCACUCUUUCAACCCUACAGCGGCGGCGGGACAUGUGCAAUCGACAUUCGUUGGUACUGAACUGUAGCUGCCCGGGUCGACAUGCCCUCCAGUCACACCUGAACAUUCCGUAGUCCUGGAUUAUCGUGCGUACUUCCCAAGUUGCACCCGGCGGUCAUCUUCCCGACGCCAUCAUCACACUGCGUUCGAUAGGCCAACACUUUCUUGGACGACUGCAUGACCACCUUGGACCCCUCCGCCGCCUUGAAGUCCCUCUCAUUGUUGGUCGCACAAGUAACGCCCGCCCGGUGACGGGUGACGUCCGUCAUUCACCAUGAAGCGCUCCUCGGCGCAUUCCUCAAUGCACAGCGCUCGCGCCGACUCGCGAGGAAACCGACAAUCCGUUCGACGCAACAUGUCCUAUUCGAAGCGUGUCGUUCCUUCAGAGGAAGCCUACUCCUACGCUCUCAGAGCUGCAUAUCUAUCAUAUCUGCUGCAACCACGGCAGAAACGGGUUCAGCAUGUCGCCAAUACGUCGAAACCGAUCCAACGAUCCACAAGCUCGAUCAACGACAUGGUCAAAGACUUCAGUCUGAUCCGGGAUAGCAAGAGCACUCGUUUUCCGCAUGGAUUUAUGGCCGCUUUGGACAAACGCAUUACGGGCGUUUUGGUGGGCCAGGAAAAGAUGCCAGAAUACAACGAUCCCCUGAUCAAACGUACGUUCGCCACGUUCUUGAACGAGUUCAAGAACCCAACAUUCCGCAAGAGCAUGGAGAAGGAUCGUCGGCCGGAGGAUUUGUUGCUCAUUUUCUUUUCCAAGGCCACAAGUGAACUUCAGAAGGGCAAGAAUUCAGAGGACGAUGCAUGGAAAUUGAUGGUCGACCGGCACGUCGCACUGUUCGUCCGCCUGAUCAGUAGCACAUUGGCCACCAACGAUUGGACGAGGGAACGACCAGAAUUAAGCAGCAGGCUAAAGACGCUGGAGACGAAGCUGCUGCAGCACGACCAGGAUCUCGCGGAUUCAAGUCAGAGAGGCGGUGGUCAGGGCGGCACGAGUAUCGAAGUGGAGGUCCCACGAUCGUAUGAUGUGAAGGACAUGCCGCUGGUUAUUCGUGUUUGCCGCAUUUUCUCGAUCCCUACCGCGCAAGCACAGCAAGAUAUCGAUGCGCGACGCGAUCAAUGGACAGAAAGGGCGGCUCUAAAAGAUCUCAAGGACUAUCAAACGAACAUGAUGCUAGAUACCCGGGCGACACUGUCGAAAGAUGAUUUCGACUUGGACGAGUCAUUUGAGAUAUGGCGCAAGGGCGAAUUCCAGGAUUUGAGUCAGAUGAUGCUGGCACUGAUACAAUCAGAUCCGUCUCUGGCGAAAGGCUCUUCCUCAGGUGUGUCCAUACUCAAAACACCACAAGGCCACAGCAACAGCGCUUACGGCGAUGUUGCAAGAUCGUUGUCAGAUUCAACUGCGAACCAGGAGUCCGUGUAUGGAUUCGAUCAACCUGUCGACAUGAGCGGACUUAGUCUCGGCGACAACUCCCCUCGCGAUUCCCACAGUGGUUCAAUUGAUGGAGGGCGUGCUGACUUCACAUUUAUUCCACCUGACGUCAGGAUGUACUACCGAGCAGUGCUUAAAGAAUCUCUGAUCCACGAUCUGCAGGACGAGGAGCUGCAAGCCUUAGAGGCUUCACCUGCAGCAAAGCUAUUAUCACGACAGACACAGGAUCUCUUGAAUGAGCUCGCACUGAGGUGGCGCAUUCCUGGCUUCUCACGGACUGUGCUACUGCUCGACGUCGUGCGAGAAAGAUUUCAGUAUCAGCAAGCUACACUUGACACUGUCGAUGCCGCAUUCAUGUACGCCAAGGAACCUCCCACGGACAUCAAGAAAGUCUCAGGCAAAACAGUCGCUACGCCCACAUCAUCCUCGAUGAUCGACAGACACAGGUGGACUCUAGCUGAUUUCGCCCUCAUGCAAUCAGUACUCAACAGCGUGCACGACGCCAUGCUUCGUGAACUGUACGAGAUUUUUCAGCAUUGUUACGAUGCUAAGCCGCCGAGUAUUGGCAGCGUGAUGUACAUCCUUGAGAACCAUAUAUAUGCAGAUCCGAUGUUCACGCAACAGCAGGAUGAGGUGGACGCUUUUGCUCGCCUCAUGACUGACCAAUUGAGAGUCCGUGCCAAGGGGAAGUACAGCGAGAUGCUUGCCAGCAUCGUUCCUGACGAUUCACAGAGCUGGGAGUUUUACAAUGUCAUCAAGCUCGGCCAAGCUGUGACCGCACUCUGUCAGAAAAUUCAGAAGCGCUACCGACAGAACCCGACGGUCAUGGGUGUCAAUCCACUGACAGUUCUAGUUGAGGAGAUGCUUCCUUCUUACGCGGGCGAUGCUAAAGAGCUCAUCACACGCAUUCUCGAAUUAUGCCAGGCUAGAGGUGAGGAGGUCCCUGUUCAAGAUGGCUUCGAAAUGUACAAAGAGCUUGUCGAGAUUCGCAAAGUCUCUAACCAAGCGCUUCCCGGCCGUGAGUUCGGAUUUCACGUCGAAGGGCAUUUGCAAGAAUUUGUAUGGCGCUGGAUCGCCAUGACAGACUCCAAGCUGCAAGAUUGGAUCGAGGGCGCUGUAACACACGAUGACUUCCAAACACGGCAGGACCCUCACGCUCGGGAGCGUGGGGACUCACCAACAGACGAUGAGCGACAUUCACAAAGUGCCGUGGACGUGUUCAGGAUAUUCAAUCAAAGCAUUGAUCAAAUCAUCCAGCUUAGCUGGGAUGAUGACCUCCAGUAUGCAAAAUUCAUGACAGCUAUCAGCAAGUCGGUGAGCAAAGGAGUUAUGAAAUAUUGUGAGCUGCUGGAGAAGAAAUUCAUUCUGGAGAUGGACCGUCAGACACCGGAACAGGAAGCUCGGGCUCAGCAAUCCUCGCGUGAUAAAUGGAUCGCAGCAGCGCGAGAUUGGACGACGGGUGCCGCCUCCGCCAAUAAGAUUGAGCCCUUCCAGUUCUGGCCUGAAAGCUUCGUCAAAAUCAAUGAUGUUGAGUACGCAACAUUACAGCUCGACAAAGUUGAGCACGAGAUGAACGUAGAUGCUUGCGUCGCCGCCAUUCAGAAGCAUGAGCCCACCCCUCCUCCAAGCCUCAAACGUCGUGCUGAGAGCAAGAACACAUUUACUAUCAAGAUCAUCGAGGCAGAAGACCUCAAAGCAGGAGACAUCAAUGGGUUGAGUGAUCCUUAUGUUGUAUUGGGUGACGAGUAUCAGAAGCGUUUAGCAAAAACAAAAACAGUGUACCAAAGUCUUAGUCCUCGAUGGGACGAAACGGUGGACAUCAUGGCGACUGGCGCUCUAAACAUCAUUGCGACUGUGUGGGACUGGGAUGCUAUCGGUGAUCACGACUGUCUUGGGCGAACAAGUCUCAAGCUCGACCCAACGCACUUCAACGACUACCUCCCUCGAGAAUACUGGCUUGACCUUGACACACAAGGACGUGUGCUUGUUCGCGUCAGUAUGGAGGGCGAGCGCGAUGACAUCCAGUUCCACUUCGGCAAGGCGUUCCGCACAUUGAAGCGGACACAAAGAGACAUGACGCGCAGGGUAACGGACAAAUUGUCGGCGUAUAUUCAACAAUGUCUGUCACGGCGGACUCUGAAAGCACUGACUGCUGGCGCAACCAUUGGCGGAGUAUCGAUAAAUAGCAUGCGAGGGUACUUCUCGAAAGUAUCUGGUCAAGUCUCUGGUCGGCCGAUGUCCGUCCAGCCUCAACCUAUACAGCCGAUCAGCCCAGAGGCUGCAGGAAACGCACUCAAGCCUUUGUUGCAGUACUUUGACGACAACUUUGCCAUCAUGAAGCAAACGCUGACAGACGGUGCGAUGAUAAUGGUCAUGACGCGACUAUGGAAGGAGGCUCUGGUCACUAUCGAAAGUCUUCUUGUUCCGCCGUUGAGUGACAAACCCUCGUCACAAAAGCCCUUGAGCCAGCAAGAAGUUGAUAUUGUGUACAAAUGGCUGCAGAUUCUCUUUGACUUCUUCCACGCCUAUGACCACGAGAACAAAGUCGCUGAAGGCGUGCCCAUGGACAUCCUCAAAUCUCCCAAAUACCACGACUUGCAAAAUCUCAACUUCUUCUAUUUCGAAUCUAGCGACAACCUCAUCCGCACUUCGGAAGCAAUGGCCAGCGCAACCGCGAGCCGUCAGCAAGAGACCGUCGCUCGAGCUAAUCGAAUGUCUGCUCCUGCAGGCUCUUUUAGCCUUCAAAACCUUCCUCCUCUAGGAAUGCGUCGCAGCAAGUCUAUUCUGUUCCAGCGUAAUCUAGGCACGAUGCGCCAAGUGAAAGAAGAAAAGCGCAAAGAAGCACAAGCCGAUCCCAGCGACGACAUGAUUCUGCGAAUCCUGCGCAUGCGACCCGAGGCAGAGAGGUAUCUCAAAGACCGCAGCCGACAAAAGGAGCGCCUGGCUGCGGCUGCAGCUGCCGAAGCCAUCGUCAGACAGAGUCUACAGGCGAGUCGCCAGUCCAACCACCUCCACAGCAGCUCCGUGUCAUCCGCGGGACCGCGCGCGGGUAACAAGGGAAUCUCACGAAGGUGGGACACAAUUCGUGAAUAAAACGCUACUCGAGAGAUGCGAAACGAUGCUAUGAUCGCUUGAAGCGCGUCUUCUUUGGUUUUACAUAUGCCUAUUGACCGAAUCCCUCCGACCUCGUUGAUCCAUCUCACGAGUAUGGCGUUAAAGGGCAAUGAGGGAAAUGCGUCUCCUAAUCUCGUAAGGACAGGCGUCUUGUUGUGUGCGAUUAUCAUGAUUGAACUACACGACUCGGUCUGCCUUGGUGUGUCGGUGUAGGAUGAUGUACUGUUUUGAUUGUACUGUUCUUGAUAAUAAUACUUUCAAAUUUAAUGCCUUUAUUGUUUGAU